CGCCUGAAGAGCUUCGGCCCUGAAGAGAGGUAGAGAGCGAGAUUGAGAGGCUAGAACAGGCCCCCCCUUGAGUGAGGCCAUUGCUUGAGCAGGCGAUGGCGGAGGAGCACACCCCAGAUGAUGGUUGCUUUGCGGGAUUGCCCGUCGCAUGAGGAAUGCGUUGUUGUUGCAGCUCUGCAGCCAGUCGCAACGUUUCAGCUCAAGGUUUUCCAGCAUGUAGGCGGCCCUGGAAUCUGGAGCUGCUGUGAUGUGUAAAAAGCUAUGGUGAGCUCAUGUGAUGCAUGUUCGAAGCUUGUAACGGAGUGCAAGAAGCAGGGUUCGAAAACGAUUCAAUGGAAAGCGAGAGAUUAUAUUUCUUGGGAGAGCCGGACGAGGCAAAGUUCAACAGAAUGAGUUCAAGGAUGGAUACCUCUGUACAGGCACUGGAAGGAGUGGAGAGCGCAACAUAAUCGAGCUUAGUUGUGUUGUGCUUUCCCUUUAAUAGGGCACUAGUUAAAAGGACACGUAUGUUUGUAUGCCUAAAUAUGGCGUAGACUAUAUAUUUCAAGUAGCUUGGAUUUGGGGUUCCCAAUUUAUCAAAUUCAGAGUCUUAGGUUUUGGGCUUCUCCAGGAUGUGCCUGGAAGCUUUUGGUCGUUGAGAUGUUGUGUGUGCGUCUCUCCCAGUUUGUACCCUUUUGUUAUCAGGGGCUAAACUUCAGUAGGGCUGUGCAGUGCCCUCCCUCUUCCAUUGUCCGUAAGGAGGUUAGGUGGUGGAGGGAAGCUCAACAAACUCAAACGCAACAACCUUUGAAAGAGCAUUUUCCUCCGCCCUGUCUUUCUGAUUGUUCAGAAAAUAUCGCUUGGCAUGGUUACAAGGAGUGUGAUUACUGUUGUGAGAACAGGGCUGUGCGCAAAAUUUGGAGGUUUAAAGAGCAGUUGAUGUUAGCUUAUUUUCAACACCUUUGUGAAGUUGGGCAGCCAGCUUCUGUAAGCAUAGCGAAUGAGUGAAAAUGGUGAAGUACACUCGGAUGGAGGAGAACAAACGCGUGUAUACGGAAGAAUAUGACACAGACGAGUACGAAAAUUUGACUUGUGAAUGCCACCACCUCGCAAGGGCUAAAGAACUCAAUGGUUCCAGACGGAAGCCCUUCUUCUGCAUAUACUGCAAAACUGUGUUCAAGGACAAAAAUAAGUUGAACCUUCACAGGCUUGAAGGUUGUUUUGCUGUAACUGGCGAUGGCAAGAAGACAGCCCUCAAGAUUUACCCUGUUUUUGGAAAAGGACAACGGGGUGAAAUUGAGGACAUCCUCAUCAAACAUGGUCUCAUGAACCCACGAAAGAAACCCUCUAGGGCCAAGAGGAAGAAAUCAGCCGCAGCUCUGAAGGAGUCGGUGACAAGUAUGGAAGUAGAAACUACAGGUCAGGUAGCAGAGGGAGAGCAUGCACCCCUUCGGCCUCAGAAACUGAAAGUGCGGGGUAUGCUUUCUUCCUCUUCUUCUCAUGAGGCCAACAAGAAACAUAUGAGUUCGAAAGAUAGUGAAAUGCAGAUUUCAUAUGGACACCACGAGCAAGUGGUGGACAACCCCAACAGCGGUGACACCCUAACUGUGGGGCAAGGAGAGAUGCAGGUGCAGAUGCAGUUGACCAGGGAACAGGUCGAAGCCCAGGCGUGGGAAGUUGCUAUUAAUAUGCUUCGAGAUGCCUACGUGGUUUCACGCCCCGAAGCGGUGGCAUGUCCCGGUCUUUGGCACUUGAUGCAAUUCCAGUUGCUACCAAGUGACUUCCCUGAUGUGACGGAUGAUUCCUUCCUUCAGGCCUUUUUUGACUUCGUGGAUAAAGGGCUAAUCGACCCCGCCUUGCCAAGGUCGUACGGUACAUGGUAUAUGGAGAGAGAGGCUGAUGCAGAUGAAGAGGAACAAAACGCUGUGAAGCUGACAAUGCGCAGAUUCAAGUUAGUUAUAGGUCGCCCAGAUCUAGUUGGGCGACACAAUGAGAAACAAGCACUGCAAGCUUUUCUGCAGUAUCGGAAAGACUGCGAACAAUAUGAGGAACAGAAGAUUGCAGCCGAGAAGGAGCUUCGCGUACGUAGGGAAAAGUAUGUGAAGGACAGGCUUGAUGACUUUGAUGCUAGGGAACAUGCUCACAAGGAACUGGCUGUUUGGCAUUGGUCUCCACUGCUGCACACAUUGAAGCUGGAUUCCAUCGUAGACAUCCCACCCAGACCUUGGUCACACUCGGAUGCAGAGCAGAAGAGAAUUUCACGCGCAGUGUUGUUGCAUCGGAGCCUGCGCGUCAGCGACCCUCCAUCUUGUCCCUUGAUAGUACGGAUGUUCAAGCUUGUUUACCUCUAUUACUUGGAUAACAGCAGUAUUUUAUCUGACCCCAUCUCAGGUCUUCUACGGAAGACAAUUCUCGACUAUUCGACCAGUGAAAACGCAGCUCCUGUAAUGAGGAUUUCAGCUCAAUCUGUUCUUAACGAAGGAUCCUUUCUUUUUGCAAAUUUACCUCAUCAUUCCGAGGCCCAUGACGAAGUUUACCAGGAUAUAAAUUUUCUGAUUCAUGGAACGACGGCUGAGCGUGAAAUGAUAGUGCACAAGGUGCAAGGCUUCUUGAGAAUCGUGCGUCAACGUGCUGCCGGAGAUAUGGCUCAAUUAUAUCCCAAGGAGUUUCGUGUGCUGUGGUGUGGCGGUGAUGACAGCGCCGUUGCUGAUGCCUUGAAGAAGUUUAUGCUCUGCCUUAAAUGCCGAGAAGACUUAGAUAUGGGAUGGGUGCCGUUCACAUCAGGGCACCCUGACUGCGAUUCUGUUGCAGUUAUGCAAGCAAGAGAGGCCGUCUUGAAAGCAAUCCAUAAAUUACAUGACCAGCGUGUCAUUUCUGACCAAAACCGCUUGCUAGCUGCCUCAUCUCACUUGCAGGCAAUCGAUGUCAACGCUUCUGACGACAAGUUUCGAGCCCUACUCGAGACUUGCUCCCAGAGGAAGAUCUCUGAUAGCAGUGCAAGCGGUUCCCCAGAAAAAGGUUUGGAAGAUGUAAGCAAGUUAGAGCGACAUUCAAGCUACUCGACUAGUGGCUCCGCCGAGACGCUGCAGGAUUCACGGUCAUCUCAGGAAGGGAGGGAUACAGACAUCGACGUUGAGAGGCCACACAACACUCAUAAGCUGGUCGAUAAGCCACCUCGUAAGCCUUUCAAUAGUUCUCCCGACCUCAACCUCACUCUUGAUUCCAAUGAUUCCUACAACCUUGUCUCUCUCGGUAUGAAAUCUGACUCCUCACUUACUGCGCAUAUGUCUGGAUUGCAUGUUGUACCCCCCAAGACGGUCUCCGUUCUUGGUGUUGAGGUUCAAACCUCGGAUCCUUCCAGUCGCCCUCCUUUCCCUCUCCACUUUUAUGGUCCUAGUAAUGACGCCCAAAAUCCUAGCAGUCUUGAGCAUCUGCGUUCUCCUUCUCUCCACCCUAAUGUCCAUGCCGACAGCGCUCGUGUUUCCCCUCAUAGUCAAACUCGUCUCUCUGCAAGCUCAUAUGGUGCAGAAACUUCCUCUGCCUCAGCUAAUCAACCCCUCGAGAAUUUCUCCCGUCGCGUGUCUCUCUUGUUCACCACUCAGUCAUCUUUCUCUACGUCUACCGCUGACGCCGCUCGCCAUGAUUCUCCCAAAGAGUCUUCAGCCACUCCGGUUAUGAAAGACUCCUCGGACGGAUCCAGAUCGGGAGCUGUUAAUCUUCACCAGUAGAUUUGUAAGGGUGCAGUCAAGACAUUUGUACCGUUUCAGCUGUUAUCCGAUUUUGUUGAUUGAGUAAUAAUAUUGGUAUCCUUUAAGCUAGUAAAGGCCUCCCACCUGAGCAUCUAGAUAACCUCAAUGGGAUAGUUUUGGCUUGUGAGAUAUUAGCAUAUCAUGCUUUGAACUUGUGUGUAAUUCCAAUUAUUAAUCUACAUGUGCGCUACCAUAUCGUGAUUUUCGUGA